UCCCCCGCGUGGACCUCAGACAUGGCAACACAGCGGAUUUGAUACACCCAAUCUACAAACCAUUGAGAUUGGAGGUCACCCGUCUGAAGAACCGGAAUCCAGAUUUCACUCACUAGUUGUCGACGACAGGGAAAAAGAGAACCUUCUUCACCGAUGACUGACAAAAAUGAUCUACCAGUCAACGAAAAAUCAGUGAAGAUCAGCUUCCUGACGAACCCACGAGCUGUCGAUCACCAAGAGUUGCAUGACGGAAACUCUAUCCUUACCCAAAGAACCUCCUCAAACCCAGUUUGCAAAAUCAGGACCAAACGUCGAACAUCGAUUGACCGGUGUCCUUCAAUCCUGGCCCUUGUACAAACUUUCCUGCACAUGAUUAUCGCUUUGGCCAUCAUUCUUGUUGGAAGUCCAGUUCUUGUAGCAGGCAUUGGUAUCACCGAACGGGUCACGCUACAGGCAGGUAAACCUGGUGUGGUCCCAUUCCAUCUCACAUUGCGACCUAGUGAUACAUUCCAGGUUUCAUAUUACACACUUCGGAUCGAAUCUAAUACUCAUCCAUUCUGCAUAAAUGGAGAAGUAGAUAUCGUGGGCUUUAAAAACCCAUCCCAGUUACAAAGAUUUUCAACCUCAGUCACAGAUUUAGACACUUCUCCUUGCGUGAAUCUGACUAUAGAUAACGUUGAUACUCUAGAUGAGGACGGGUACAUAUUGACGGCAGUCUGGCAUAGUUUUGAGAACGUAAGGUAUGAAACUGUGAAGAAGGAGAUUUGUGUACAAACUUCCCCCGGACCUGCAAAGUGCUUUAUCACAUUAAGUGAAAAUGGUGACUAUCCCUAUGAAGUACACUGUCGAGCCACCACUGGAAGCGUUACAACCACUCUAUCAUGUUACCAGACUGAUCAGAUGAUUGACGUCAAGAUUGAUAUUACAGAUAAUGGGCUAAUUACCAGAGGUAUAUGCUUGCUUCCCGAUGACACUCAUUUCUCUUGUUGCUCACAUGAUGUAACUUCAUAUGUGAGUGCAAAAAUGUGCAAUGACUUCGAGUGGCCACACGGCAAAGAAACCACGAGACAGACUGUCAAAUCAGUACCUACAUCAGUUACUACUCCCACACCCCAAACAGAAUCCCAUACAGAAUCAGGGACUUGUAGGCAAUUCAUGCUUCCUUCUCUGUGGCACUUCACAUACCUGUUCAUAAAUCUUUUAGCCUUUGUUACGAUAUACUAAGUAGCAAAUCCCCACACGUGAUAUCAAUUUUUUUAUUUCACAAAAUAUUGUAAUACUAAACUUUUAGCG